CGUUGAUUAGGUAUAAUUUAAUCAGUACGAAAAUUAAUCAAAGAGAAGAGUGUUGUAAUCGAAAAAAAUUCGCGUCAAAUCGGACGCCAUGAUAAUUAAACUUCUUCUACUGGGCCUCGUAGGUCUAUCCUACGCCAGGCCGCAGUCGGAAUGUCCCAACGACGGCCAACAAUACCUGAUCCCUCACGAAACUGAAUGUAACCAGUACUACAUAUGCGAGAAUGGACGGCGUGUUGCCUGGUCGAAAUGUCCGAAAGAAACGUUCUUUUCCUCGGAAAAUCAGAACUGCGGUGAUUUUCUCGCUUCGAACUGUAACCCCAGAAGAGGCCGAGAUGGGGAAGAUGGCGAAGACGGCAAGAAUGGUGAAAAUGGGGGCGGUCACGCCGGUCUUGGUGGGGCUAAAGGCCUAUCGGGUGGCCUAAAUGGUGGUAACGGCGGCAAUGGCGGAAACGGAGGCAACGGAGGUGAUGGCUCUGGAGCCGGAAGUGGUGGAAAUGGUGGUGGUGGUGGUAACGGAGGAAAUGGUUCCGGUGCUGGCAACGGUGGUAAUGGAGGAAACGGUGGUAAUGGUGGAAAUGGUGGAGGAAACUCUGGUGCCGGAAAUGGAGGUAACGGAGGAAACGGCGGAAAUGGUGGAAAUGGUGGAGGCGGAGGUAACGGUGGCAAUGGAGGAAGUGGUGGAAACGGAGGAAAUGGUGGAGGCGGAGGAAACGGUGGAAACGGUGGAGGUGGUGGUAAUGGCGGCAACGGUGGAGGUGGAGGUAAUGGCGGCAACGGUGGAGGUGGUGGUGAUGGCGGCAACGAUGAUGGAGGCAAUGGAGGAGGUGAUGGAAAUGAAAGUGAAGGGGACGAUGAAACCGGAGGUGAAGGUGGUAGCGGCGGUGGUAAUGAUUCCGGCACUUACCCAAACGGCUGCCCGAAAGAUUACACAAUAGAGAAACUUCUCCCACAUCCAGAUUGUGAUAAAUUUUACCAAUGUGUUCAUGGAGACUAUCAGGAGAUGCCAUGCGCCCUUGGUACUCAGUUUAGCUACGUUUUGCAGAACUGCACCUGGCCAUACCUGUCCGACUGUGGUGACAAUGGAAGCAGUGGUGGUAAUGAAGGCGGUGACAAUACCGAUUAUGAAACGUACCCAAACGGCUGUCCCAAAGACUACUCAAUCGAAAAACUGAUCCCUCACGAUGAUUGCGACAAAUUCUUCCAGUGCGUGCACGGUGAUUACCAAGUAAUGCCAUGCGCUCCUGGCACACAGUUCAGCUUCAAAUUACAGAAAUGCACUUGGCCAUACCUGUCUGACUGUGGAGGAGACGGUGGAAACGGAGGCGGUGGUAACGGAGGCGGUGGAAAUGGAGGCGGUGGAAAUGGAGGCGGUGGAAAUGGAGGCGGUGGCAAUGGAGGCGGUGGUAAUGGAGGCGGUGGUAAUGGAGGCGGUGGAAAUGGUGGCGGAAACAAUAACGAUUAUGAAACGUACCCAAACGGCUGUCCCAAAGACUACUCAAUUGAACAGCUGUUCCCUCACGAUGAUUGCGACAAAUUCUACCAGUGCGUACACGGUGGAUACCAAGUAAUGCCAUGCGCUCCUGGCACACAGUUCAGCUACAAAUUACAGAAAUGUACUUGGCCAAACCAAUCUGAUUGCGGUGAAGACAGUGGAAACGGUGGCGGCGGAAAUGGAGGCGGUGGCGGAAAUGGAGGCGGUGACGGCGGAAAUGGAGGCGGUGGUGGCGGAAAUGGAGGUGGUGGUGGCGGAAAUGGAGGCGGAAAUGGAAAUAAUACUGACUAUGAAACAUAUCCCAACGGUUGUCCUAAAGAUUACAGCAUUGAAAAACUGUUUCCUCAUCCUGACUGCGACAAAUUCUACCAGUGUGUCCACGGUGGCUACCAAGUAAUGCCAUGCGCACCUGGUACUCAAUUCAGCUACGACCUGCAGAAAUGUACAUGGCCACAUCUUUCUGACUGCGGUGACGGUGGAAAUGGAGGUGGAGGUGGAGGAGAUGGUGGAAACGAAGGUGGAGAUGGAGGGGAUAGUGGAGAUGAGGAUGAUGGAGGCAAUGAUGGAGAUGGCGGUAAUGAUGGAGACGGCGGCAAUGGUGGAGAUGGCGGAAAUGGUGGAGAUGGUGGAAAUGGAGGUGGAGGUGACGGUGGCAAUGGCGGAGAUGGUGGAAACGGAGGCGAUGGUGGAAAUGGUGGGGACGGCGGUAAUGGUGGAGAUGGUGGAAAUGGCGGAGACGGCGGCAAUGGUGGAGAUGGCGGAAAUGGAGGUGACGGCGGCAAUGGUGGAGAUGGUGGAAAUGGAGGUGGAGGUGACGGCGGCAAUGGCGGAGACGGUGGUAAUGGAGGAGAUGGAGGCAAUGGUGGAGACGGUGGCAAUGGUGGAGAUGGUGGAAACGGAGGUGACGGCGGCAAUGGUGGAGAUGGCGGAAAUGGUGGAGAUGGUGGAAAUGGAGGUGGAGGUGACGGUGGCAAUGGUGGAGAUGGUGGAAACGGAGGCGAUGGUGGAAAUGGUGGGGACGGCGGUAAUGGUGGAGAUGGUGGAAAUGGCGGAGACGGCGGCAAUGGUGGAGAUGGCGGAAAUGGAGGUGACGGCGGCAAUGGUGGAGAUGGUGGAAAUGGAGGUGGAGGUGACGGCGGCAAUGGCGGAGAUGGAGGAAACGGAGGCGAUGGUGGAAAUGGCGGAGACGGUGGUAAUGGAGGAGAUGGAGGCAAUGGUGGAGACGGCGGCAAUGGUGGAGAUGGUGGAAAUGGAGGUGCAGGUGACGGCGGAAAUGGCGGAGAUGGUGGAAACGGAGGUGAUGGAGGCAAUGGUGGAGGCGGCGGCAAUGGUGGAGAUGGUGGAAACGGAGGCGAUGGUGGAAAUGGCGGAGAUGGUGGAAAUGGAGGAGAUGGAGGCAAUGGUGGAGAUGGUGGAAACGGAGGUGGAGGUGACGGUGGCAAUGGCGGAGAUGGUGGAAACGGAGGUGAUGGAGGCAAUGGUGGAGGCGGCGGCAAUGGUGGAGAUGGUGGAAACGGAGGCGAUGGUGGAAAUGGCGGAGAUGGUGGAAAUGGAGGAGAUGGAGGCAAUGGUGGAGAUGGUGGAAACGGAGGUGGAGGUGACGGUGGCAAUGGUGGAGAUGGUGGAAACGGAGGUGACGGUGGUAAUGGCGGAGAUGGUGGAAAUGGAGGCGAUGGUGGAAAUGGUGGAGACGGCGGCAAUGGUGGAAACGGAGGAAAUGGAGGCAAUGGCGGAAACGGUGGUAAUGGAGGCGGUGGAGGCAAUGGCGGAAACGGAGGAAAUGGUGGGAAUGGUGGGAAUGGAGGCGAUGGAGGAAAUGGUGAUGGCGGCAAUGGCGGGGAUGGUGGAAAUGGAGGAGACGGAGGCAAUGGUGGAGAUGGUGGAAACGGAGGUGAGGGAGGCAAUGGUGGAGAUGGUGGAAACGGAGGUGACGGAGGUAAUGGUGGCAAUGGUGGAGAUGGUGGAAACGGAGGUGACGGAGGCAAUGGCGGGGAUGGUGGAAACGGAGGAGACGGAGGCAAUGGUGGAGAUGAGAGUGACGGCGGUAAUGGCGGAGAUGGUGGAAAUGGAGGAGACGGCGGCAAUAACGGAGAUGGCGACAAUGGUGAAGAUAAUGGCAAUGGAGGUGGCGGCGGCAAUGGUGGGGAUGGUGGAAAUGGAGGUGAUGGCGGUAAUGGCGGGGAUGGUGGAAAUGUAGGUGGAGGUGAGGGAGGCAAUGGUGGAGAUGGUGGAAACGGAGGUGACGGAGGUAAUGGUGGCAAUGGUGGAGAUGGUGGAAACGGAGGUGAUGGAGGCAAUGGUGGAGAUGGUGGAAAUGGUGGAGACGGCGGAAAUGGUGGAGAUGGCGGCAAUGGCGGGGAUGGUGGAAAUGGAGGAGACGGAGGUAAUGGUGGCAAUGGUGGAGAUGGUGGAAACGGAGGUGACGGAGGCAAUGGUGGAGACGGCGGCAAUGGCGGGGAUGGUGGAAACGGAGGUGACGGAGGCAAUGGCGGGGAUGGUGGAAACGGAGGAGACGGAGGCAAUGGUGGAGAUGAAAGUGACGGCGGUAAUGGCGGAGAUGGUGGAAAUGGAGGAGACGGCGGCAAUAACGGAGAUGGUGACAAUGGUGAAGAUAAUGGCAAUGGAGGUGACGGCGGCAAUGGCGGGGAUGGUGGAAAUGGAGGUGGUGGAAACGGAGGUGACGGAGGUAAUGGUGGCAAUGGUGGAGAUGGUGGAAACGGAGGUGAUGGAGGCAAUGGUGGAGAUGGUGGAAAUGGUGGAGACGGCGGAAAUGGUGGAGAUGGCGGCAAUGGCGGGGAUGGUGGAAAUGGAGGAGACGGAGGUAAUGGUGGCAAUGGUGGAGAUGGUGGAAACGGAGGUGACGGAGGCAAUGGUGGAGACGGCGGCAAUGGCGGGGAUGGUGGAAACGGAGGAGACGGAGGCAAUGGUGGAGAUGAAAGUGACGGCGGUAAUGGCGGAGAUGGUGGAAAUGGAGGAGACGGCGGCAAUAACGGAGAUGGCGACAAUGGUGAAGAUAAUGGCAAUGGAGGUGACGGCGGCAAUGGCGGGGAUGGUGGAAAUGGAGGAGACGGAGGCAAUGGUGGAGACGGCGGCAAUGGCGGGGAUGGUGGAAAUGGAGGUGGUGGAAACGGAGGUGACGGAGGUAAUGGUGGCAAUGGUGGAGAUGGUGGAAGCGGAGGUGACGGAGGCAAUGGUGGAGAUGGUGGAAAUGGUGGAGACGGCGGAAAUGGUGGAGACGGCGGCAAUGGCGGGGAUGGUGGAAACGGAGGCAAUGGUGGAGACGGCGGCAAUGGCGGGGAUGGUGGAAACGGAGGUGACGGAGGUAAUGGUGGAGAUGGUGGCAAUGGUGGAGACGGCGGCAAUGGUGGAAACGGCGGCAAUGGCGGGGAUGGUGGAAAUGGUGGUGGUGGAAACGGAGGUGACGGAGGCAAUGGUGGAGAUGGUGGAAAUGGUGGAGACGGAGGUAAUGGUGGAGAUGGUGGAAAUGGAGGUGACGGAGGCAAUGAAGUUAACAGAUGCACAGAGAACUGCUAUGUACCGUUCUGGAGACACGAAACUGACUGUGACAAAUUCUGGCGAUGCGUCGACAGUGAAGUUGUUCUUGGAAUUUGUUCUGAAGGUCUUAGUUUUAAUGAGGAAAAGCAGACUUGUGACUUUGCCUGCAACGUUGAUUGCCAAAGGGCUGAAAUUCAGUCCACUGCUGGCAUUGAUGGCCUAAGAGUAUUUCUUCCGUGGAACAAAGUUGACUCCCUUCUGGAAAUCGCUAGAAAUACUAAUAAACUGGACGACCAACAUUAAAUAUAUUAUCAUAGAAAACAUUUAAAUUGUUGUUUUAUAGUAAUAAAUGUUUAAUUACAUUA